GGCGUCCCUUACGGUUGUCAUUUUGGUCUCUAGAGCUCACGGGUUCUGCGCUUCAGGAGCACUUGGCGGGCGUCGAGGUUAGGGGGCGGGAAAGCCGGAGGUGAGACGUCGUCUCCGCUGCACCGAGGCGGCUGUGAGGCCCGUCUAAGCUCGUUGGUAACCGCGGCGCCCUGUUCCUGCCCUGUAGCCCAGCUUCGACCCCAUUAGUCCCAAAGGUCGGUGGCAGGGGCCGCGCCGAUGAGCCCGACUGAGGUAAAAGUAAGGAGUGAACCACCAUCCCAAGUAUUUUUGCCUGAAUUUUUGAAAGUAUGGAGAUGGCGAUGUCAACGCAAGGAGCAGGUUUCAGAUCAUAAGUUGGAUUUUGGACAUGUUGAUCCUGAGAUUAUCAAGAUAGAGAUGUCACGACAUGGAGAUACCGGUCCCAUGGCAGUGGCAGAAGUGCUUAUGGACUCUGUACAGGGCCAUGUGGCCUUUGAAGAUGUGGCCAUCCAUUUCUCCCAGGAGGAGUGGGGCCUCCUUGAUGAAGCUCAGAGACUCCUGUACCACGAUGUGAUGAUGGAGAACGUUGCACUUCUGUCCUCUGUAGGUUGUUGGCACAGAGCCCAAGAUGAGGAAGUACCUUCUGAUCAAGGUGAUUCUGUGGAAGAGUCACAGGUCAGGACUCCAAAGCCAGACCCAUCCACUCAGAAGGCCGAGCCUCAUGAGACAUGUGACCCACUCUUGAAAGACAUUUUGCACCUGGUCGAGUGUGAUGAAAUGUACCCUGAUCAAAGGCUAUACAUUUGUGGGAAAAAUCUUUACCAGUGCCAAAUGGACCAGGUUGGAAACAAACUUUCCAGGAGGGAUGAGGGGAGGCCUUUGUUUGUGAUGAAUGGCAGCAUUCACAGGGCAGAGGGGACCUUCACAUGCAGCGAGGGUGGGAAGGACUUCUCAGCCAGCACAGGCCUUCUUCAGCACCCAGUCGCUGACAGUAGCUGGAAGCCACAUGGCGACUCCAAGUGCAGAGAGGCCUUUGAAACUGUACAAAAAGAUUACAAGUGCACUCAGUGUGGGAAAGGCUUCAACCGAAAACAGAUACUUGUUCAGCACCAGAAAAUCCACAGUGGAAUAAGGCCCUAUGAGUGCAACAAAUGUGGGAUGGCCUUCAUUAGAAAGUUCCAUCUUGUUCAGCACCAGAAAAUUCACACCGGAGAAAAGCCUUUUAAGUGCAGUGAAUGUGGGAAGGCCUUUAGGUACAAGUCCACAUUCAUAAGUCACCAGAGAGUUCACACUGGAUUAAGCUCUUAUGAGUGUAGCAAAUGUGGGGAAUUCUUUAAGUACAAAGCCAACUUUAUGAAACAUCAGAGAAUUCACAAUGGUGAAUGGCCUUAUGAGUGCAGAGAAUGUGGAAAAUUCUUUAGGUACAACUACAGACUAGUAAGACAUGAGAGAGUUCACACUGGAGAAAGGCCUUACGAGUGCAGCGAGUGUGGGAAAUUUUUUAGGUACAGUUCCACAUUCAUGCGACACCAGAGAGUUCACACUGCAGAGAGGCCUUAUGGUUGCAGUGAAUGUGGCAAGUUCUUCAGGUACAACUCUACACUCAUUAAACAUCGGAGAGUCCACACUGGAGAAAGGCCUUACGAGUGUAGUGACUGUGGGAAGUUCUUUAGGUACACCUCUACACUCUUGAGACAUCAGAGAGUUCACACUUUAGAAGGGCCCUAUGAGUGCAGCUUAUGUGGGGAAUUCUUUAGGUACAAGUCCAAGCUCAUUAAACAUUGGCAGAAUCACACUGGAGAAAGGCCAUAUGAGUGCAGUGAAUGUGGGAAAGGCUUUCGGUACCACUGCAGACUCAUUAGACAUAAGAGAGUUCACACUGGAGAAAGGCCUUAUGAGUGCAGUGAAUGUGGGAAAUUCUUCCGGUAUAACUCCAAUCUCAUUAAACAUUGGAGAAAUCACACUGGAGAGAGGCCUUACGAGUGCCAUGAAUGUGGGAAAGCCUUUAGCCACAAACAUAUACUUGUUGAGCAUCAGAAAAUCCACACUGGAGAAAGGCCUUACGAGUGCAGCAAAUGUCAGAAGGCCUUCAUUAGAAAGUCUCACCUUGCUCAUCACCAGAAAAUCCACAAUCAGGACAGGUCCAUGAGUACCACGAAUGAGGGAAGUUCUUUAGAUACAACUCCAACUUCUUUAAACAGAAUUCACACUGGCAAAGGCCUUAUGAGUACAGAGAAUAUGGUAAAUCCUUUAGGUAACACUCUAAACUCAUUACACUGGAGAAUUGCCUUCUGACUUCACAUUGGAGUAGGGCCUUCUGAGUACAGUGAAUGUGGGAAAACCUUUAGGUGCAACUCUAUCCCCAUCACACAUCAGGGAUUUCACAAUGGAGAAAGACCUGAUGAUUGCAAUGAAUAUGGGCAUGUGUUCGGCCAAAACUCCCACCACAUUCUGGCACCAGAAAGUUCACACCAGAGAGAGUACUGCAAAUGAGGAAAUAAUUCAGCCAAAUUCUGCUCUAAUUUACCCCUGGGAGCUACUGUAAUGUAGUUUUUUUAUUUUACAUUUUUAAUUGUGAGAAAAAUACAUCUAACAAAGUCUACCCUCUACCAUUUUAAUUGUACAGUUUAGUAAUGUUAAAAAUUCACAUAUUUGUGCAACUGAUCUCUAGUAUUUUUUUAAUCUUGCAAAAUACACUCUAUAAUCAUUAAACAAAUCCUCCUACCUCCCCCACCCUACUUCACCUGGCAACCACAUUUUACUUUGUGUCUCUUCAAGUUUGACAACUCUGGAUACUUGAUAUGAAUGGAAUCAUACAGUAUUUCUCUUUUUAAUGACUGGCUUGUUUUGCUUUGUAUAAUUUCCUCAUGUUGAAGCAUUUGUCAGCAUUUCCUUCUGUUUUGAGAAGGAAUCAGAGUUGAGCCACCUAAAGACAUGGGAAAUGGUGCUGAUAGAGUCAGUACAGCUUUGCCAGAUGUUAUAUUUUUAGGAGAAGAGGAAAUCUAGAUUUUAUAUGAAAUCGUUAUUUAACAGCUUUAUUGAGGUAUUGACAUACAUUAAGAGUCCCAUGCCCUACCAACUGAGCUAGCUAGGUGCUUGGUAUUGACAUACAUUAAGCUGCAUUUAUUAAAAGUGUAAAGUAUAUUUUCGUAUGUGUGUACAAUGGGACCAUCACCAAAGUCAUAAGAUUGAACAUACCCAUUACUCUAUAGUUUUCAUUGGCCCCUUUGUAUCCUCUCUCACAGCACUAAAUGAAUUGCCAUCCUCAGGUAGACACUAUAGUUUGCAUUUCCAGAAUUUUAUAUAAAAGAGGUCCUACAGUUACUCUUGUAUGGCUGUUUUCACUAAACAUAUGUAUAUGAUCCAUGUUGUGUGUGCAUAGCAUGACAUCGAAUGAGAAUAAGCAAAGUUCUGUUCUAUGUAUUAGAGUGGCAUUAUGUAUAAUUAAGAAAAGUGCUUUUUACUUUCUGACAAUCACUCUGAGAAAAAGAGUUGUUUCUAGUGGGAAAGUGAAAUUUAAACUAAGUAACAAAUUUAAGUUCAUUUUCAUAGGAAAUUUUUAUCAAUAAAAAGUUUUGAGUCAUCUGCCUAGUACACAAGCUAUCACAGAA